AUGACCAGCCCCCUCUCUUUGACAAAGAAGACGCUUGCUUCAGAAAUCACGCUCGACUCCAUCAGACAGACUGUGGCCUCCGCGCUUUCACGGCGCCAUAUCGCCCUACAUGGACUUCCCAGGACAACGACUCCUGGCGACGUCCGCAGGCUAUUGCAGCGUCAUAGUAUAGGGAACGUCCGGAAUGUACAACUCGAAUACUAUAACUUCUACCCGAAAGGCACUGCCAUACUGACACUCUCAGGCGCAGAGCACUAUCAUGAUGUUCUGGCUCAAUUGCAGCGCCGGCUUCAACUAUACGGGCACACCCUUGUCGCCGAACCCACGCCCGAGCCAGUGAAACAAGCUGAUGUGUCAAGCGGAGACGAUCGUCAACCCGAGUUGUUGGCAGGCAAUGGCUUGCAAGCUGGGAUAAAACAUGUCGGCCGCAGCGUUUGCAUCCUGGGUUUGCCCACCGGGACGGAUACCUCGGCAGUACGAACUAUCUUGGAAUCGCGAGGAUUUACGGUGGAUCGCGAACAACAUCGCAAGCAGUCGUCCACUAGACUGUGGAAGGUCCACAGUCCAACGCACGCCCUGUCAAACCGAUACAUGGUCAACUGUUCUACGGAUGCCGAGGCGCACAGGCUCGUGCAGGAGUUGCACAUGACUUAUCACUACCGGCAUCUCCUACAAGCCAGAAUCAUAGUAUAG